AUGAAUAAAUUUAAACGAAAACUAGUUUUCAAUGAAUUAUUAGAGGAACCAACGAAAAAAUUUCGAAAUCAAUUAAUAACAUGCAUUGAAGACUUAUCAAAUGAAAUCUUUUAUGAAAUAUUUGAUUAUUUGAAUGGUUGUGAAAUAGUUAAAACAUUUUCUAAUCUUAAUUUUCGAUUUAAACAAUUACUUUAUUCUUCAUCACUUCUAAUUAAAACUCAUUUUUAUUUAUUUAAUUAUGAUAAGAUGAUAAAUACAUCUAAUGACUUAGAAAUAUUCUCAACUGAAAUAUAUUUAAAUUUAAAAAUCUUAUCUAUUCAUUGUUCAGAUAAUAUUAUUUUUCUUGACGCUUAUCGAUGGGAAAAAUUAAUUUUACAUUAUUAUCCUCAAUUAGAAAUAUUCUAUUUCAUAUAUUAUGAUCAUAUGAAUAAUGAUAAUCAAUAUUCAACAUAUUCUUAUGGUUUAAAUCAAUUUUCAUCAUCAUUUUGGAUUCAACAUAGAUGGAUAUUCAACGUACAAAUUGAUAAUACAGAUAUCAAAUAUAUGAUUUAUCCAUAUAGAAACAUGUGGUAUAAUUAUAUACUUGAAGAUAAAAAUAUUCAAUAUUCAACAUCAACAUCUUUAAAAUUGAUUAGUUUUAAUACAUUAUAUGAUGAUAUGAUGAUCAAUAACAUAAAACGUAUUUUAGUAAUCACACAAGUUUAUCACUUAAAUAUUCAUAAAAUACCAACAUCAAUUUGUUUAUUAAUCCGAAUGAUAAACAUAUUACCUGAUUUAUUAACAUUAAAAAUUUAUUCAUUAUUAUUUGAUGGAGACAGAGGAUUAAACAUGGAAGAAUUUUCUAUUUUUUGUACAAAAAGAAGUCGAAUUAAUGCUGUUUAUGUUGAAGUGCUCAACAAUAUACACUGCGUUGGUAUUUUGAUCAUGGUUUGCCAUUAUAUAAAACAUUUCCAAGUAAAGCAUAUCAUUAAUAUGAAUAUUCAAAUGUUUUUACAAAUUAUUCUCAAAGAAAUAACACAUAGGAAUAAUCAUUAUCUUCAUUCAUUAUGUUUUCACGAAACAGCAGCGAAUUAUCAAACAAUUGAAUAUUUACAAGAAAUAAAUAAAUAUGAACAAUUACUUGUUGAUUUUACAAUUAAACGUAUAAAUAAUAAUAUCUAUUUACAAUGGAAAUAA